AUGGCCUGGCGUACGCCCACCUGGGUGGGUACCUGGCAGUCAAUUCAGACGUUGCUUGACCGCAAACAGCAAGAACCUGCAACGCAACCAAUCCAGGUGGAGCCCCGCGUGCUGGGCAACACGGACGUUGACGCCGCCGACGGCCAGACGCUGCAGCCCUUCCGCGAGGCGUUUGACGGGCCCUUCAUCGCGGCGGGCGGCUUCAAGCCCGACACUGCGGCGGAGACCGUGGGCACGCACGCGGCGGACCUCGUGGCCUUCGGCCGCUGGUUCCUCUCCAACCCCGACCUGGUCAGGCGCAUCAAGCUGGGCGCCCCCCUCACCAAGUACAACAGGGCCACCUUUUACACCCAGGACCCCGUGGUUGGCUUCACUGACUACCCUUUCCUCACUGAGGAGGAGGUGCAGGAGCUCGAGAAGAAGGCUGAGGCGGCUGCCUGA